UGAUUUUGCAUUUCCGAGGAGAGAACUGUAUGUAAACAAUACAGUUUUCUCCCCUGUCAGCUCCUGCACACUGCUUUGCAUGGCUCUGCAUAGCAGAGCAGUGUGCUUACAGUUGAAAGAACAGACACAGCACACAGUAAAACAGCACACAGUUAACCCUUUGAUGGCCCCACAUGUUAACCCCUUCCUGCCCAGUGCCAUUAGUACAAUGUCAGUGCUUUUUUAUUAGCACUGAUCACUGUAUUGGUGUCACUGGGGAUGUCAGUGACACCAAGUCAGUUCCCCCCAGUGUCAGAAUGCCCGUCGCAGUCAC